GCUAGCUAUUAGAUAUGAAAGGGGGACUUGUAUCCUUCCAAUAACCAGUGUUACCAUGAUGCUCUAUCACCUGGGUGCAAGUUGUCACUUAUAUUGACCUUUCAUAACGGACUAAUUUGCUGGAUAUACUCCGUAGAUGCUUUCCGUUGGAAAAGUGAAACCCUAUCAAUGGCCAUGAAUAGGAUGCUGGGCACUUUCAUAAGUAUCAUCUACUGGUUGCCAGCCUCUUCGGUGAAUAUUCCAGCUGCUAGCCAAUCAUUGAGUCAAAACACACUUCAGCUUCAGGUUCAACCCCCGGUGUUGAUUCAGCUCAAUAGUUGGCUAACUAAUAGGAUUGUAGACCUGGGACUUAAGCUAUCAUCAUGUCGUUUAGAGUUUUACUGGCCGAACAAUAAGAGUGGUUAGGGUGGUUAGGGUGACCGUAGCCAAGGAUCGUCCAGUAGCUCUCUUGCCGAUUCUCUCUCCUCGGGCUUCCAUCUGAGCAUCUUGUGCAGGAAUUGGAGUAACAGCCGUUGCGGUUCACCCUCCAAAUUGCCUUCAAGCUUCUCUAACGAUAUAGGAGGAAUCUAAAUUGUUCCUUCUAAUCCCCUUCUCCGUCGAAGAAUUCGGUCGCAUAGACACUGCUCCAAACCAUAUCUUUCGGUGGUAGCCCCAUGAUUGCAAUCAUCUCAGCCUGAUGAUGAGCACCAGAGCUUUGCUUAUCUGAAUCUCGAGCGCAAAAUAGAUGACCUUGUUGGAACAAAUCCCAUGCCAGCACUCCGACAUUCCAGAUGUCAACUUUUUCGUUCCAAGGCAUUCGCAAUAGCACCUCGGGAGCCCGGUAGAUAUAAGGCUGAAUAUCCCCGCAGUAAGUAUUCGACCCACGCCGAGCCUGACCAAAAUCACAUAGCGUAGGUUGACC